GAACAAAGAGAACAGCAAUUGGCUAUUUACGUAGCAACAAAAUAAAACGGAGCCUCUAUUCAUAAAUCAUCUCGAGGUUUUUGUGUUCAGAAUUUGCGUAGGAAACGUUUAUUGAGCUGAAGUAGAACACUAAUUGUUUCACGACUAGGAAUUAGUUAUUUGUUUCGUACAUAGGGGGGAAGUUUUGACUCCGAGACAAUGCCCCGACUUGUAAAAACAAGACUAGGUUUUGAGAGCGAAUAGCGAAACGCAAAUAGAGACUACUUUGGACGGCUUUAAAAGAGAGGAGCUGUUUAUGAACGUAGAGAUGUAGCUUCACGACAUUCGACGGUUUCCUUUUGUUAUUAUAGGACUUAUUCGACACUCGCUAUCAGCGUCGACUAACUAAUCUUGUUGGCCUUUAACCCGUGUGAUUGGAUUUCGUUUUUUGAGUGUUACCUCCGUUUGACUUAGCUGAACAUUUUAUUUUUAAAGGAAACCUCAGAAUUUGCGGUUUAAAAUUUUAGCAAUAGACCUCAUUCACCAACCGUAAAGAAACAACAUUUAGCCACGUGGUGCUCUUAUACCUUCUAUAUAAUUUACGAUCUCAUGUUUAAUUCAUGAUGGCUAUCACGUGACAGUUUUUUUUUUUAAUUUAUCAACAUGAUCACGUGACUUUCCGUAUGUGUUAAUAUUUAAGCUAGCAAAAUAUACAGGCCAUAAUAUAUUACGCUUUCAGUCUAUGUUAGGAUAUAAAAGCACAAACCAAUAAUAGGUUGAGAAAAAAUGAAUAAAACGAUUCCACUACUGUUCGUUCUAUUUUUCGUUUCAUUCUAUAAUGGCCGCGAGUGUAACGAUGCUAGUAACACCCUUUCUGUCACUUAUCGUGACCUUGAACUUCAACCUGUCGGCUGCAAUGACACCACCAUGUUGACCGUCGCCAGUAGGUCGAAAUCGUCGUGUGCAGUCUCCUGCAGGCUCAGUAGCACGUGCGCCGCUUUCGUUUACUCCAGGACCUUAAGCGCGUGCUCCAUGUGCAGUGGUGACGUCAUUCAAAAUAUGACGUACAACACAGGGGUCAAAUUUUCAUGGCCACAUCAAGAUCUGGAUACCUCCGAUAUAAAUCAGUUCUAUGCAGGUGUUGUAUCACUACAGUACGGAAUUAAUGUUGGACAUGUGGUCCGAAUGACAUGCUAUCCUUUUCUGUACUCACCAGACGGGCCGCUCUUCGGCAUCAGACUACAAACACAGACCGGAAGUGAGGAUAAUUCUCUUUUGGUAAAUGUGGGCAAGGUGUACACAAACACUUACUAUGAAGGCGUCUACAUGUUCACAAAGUUUUACACAGUCGAUGUGAACACAACCCAUGUUGUAGACAUUCUGGUGGCCAAUGACGGCUAUCAAAUUUUUAUAGACCAUUCCCAUAUCGGGUUUAUUGCUCACAGACUACCGUACAAGCCAACGCAGAUUGUAUCAGUGUCUGGAAAAAUCCAGGCUUACGCUUUCAGUGUGUAACAGAUAGACCCAUGAGUCUUGGACGCUCUUGCAAAAAAAAAAACACAUAGUUUUUUGUUAUUAUAUUACUAUUCAACUCGUAACUUCGUGGAAACUGGGUGUGAAAAACCUGGGUGGGUGAAACCCGGACACGGAUCUUCAAUUUGGCUGAAACCAUUUUCCUAGACAUUGAAUAGUUACUAAAUAUCGCUGAGAAAAAUCUAACAUUCAUUAGUUAUUUAAAAGCAUCAAAGAAAAUUACAACAUUUGUAUUUACAUAUAUGGCUAAAUCUGUUGAGUUUAGUACCUUAAAUAAUUGUUAACACUAUUUCACCCUCACGCAUUCUCCGAUCAAGUUGAUACUUUAAACAAGUAUCCAUUGUACCUAAUAAAACAAGUGUCAUUAAACAAAAAAUAUUCAAUCAAUCAAAUAACUAUUGGUAGUUUUUUCCUAUAUCGAAUAAGGGAAAUAACUUGUACAUUAUUAGUAGAUAUGGUUUUAAGGACGGGAUUAUUUCCCUUUGAUACGGCUACAUAGACAUAAAUAAAUAUAGACUGGCCAAUAAAAGAUUUUUAUGAAACGAAAAUGUGUGACUUGCAAUUUUGUGUACUUUAUUAUAAAGCAUUUAUGAGCAGUAUAAAAGUGCUUUUUUUAACUUAGAUACACACCUAUAUAUAUUGUAUAUAAGGAGGCAGUGUAGAUUUGUUUAAUUUCUAAGAAUGAAGAUCAUGCAACUUUUCAUAAUUCGGAAAUCCGAAUACAAUAGAUAUACAUGUUUUCAAGUUACAUGAAGUUAUUUCUUUUUUUCCAGUCUAUAUUUAUUGAUGUCUAUGUAUGGCUAUUUUUUUUUUAUUUUUUUUUUACGUGAUAACGAACCUUCACGAAGGUCAUACCAAGUCGCGAAAUGUAUCGUUCUGUUGUCAAAUACACUUGUAGAUCAAAGAUACGGUUCGUCUAAAUGCCGAUCUAACAAAACAAUACAUGAAAUUAUAGUCUUGCUUCUACGACUAAUUUCUUGAAAAAACGUAAAUUUUGCCCGAACGCAAAGAAAACAAAAAAUAUAGGUGAUAAUUAAGUUAUAUAAAUAUUUCUUUUGCAUUGAUAGAAGAGUAAUAUGAUUCGAUUUAUGCUUUUGUUGUUUUUUUUUUCCGGUUAAAUAGAUGUUAAAAUGCAUUUUAAUAGUCCCGUUCAUGUGUCGUGCACACCGCUAUGUAAACACGCUAUAAUUGGACAGGCUACAUGAGGCUCUAUAUAGGGGAUAUUAAAUAUACAAACAUAAAAUAAUUAAUAAUAAUAAUUGAAUUCACUCUUAUAAUAGUAGGUCUACAUCUAUUACAAUAUUGCCUAGACUCUAGAUCUAGAUCUAAAUAUAUGUAGAUCUACAAAGAAAUGUUUUUAUUUUUAAAAAUGAAUUUAGGUCGAUUAGCUAUUUUGAUAGCUCCAUUCAUACUAUUUUUUACAUUCACGCAUUCGCUUUACUUAUAACAUUAUUAUUUCGUUUAAUUGUUUCCAAAACACUCUCAGUAACUAUAUCAACAGUGAUACCCAAAUUAAGACCCGCGGGACGUCGGUAACAUAUGGCUAGUUUAUAAAUAAACAUAGCACAAUUUGAAAAUCAAUGUUUAAGAUAGCCAUACAUUGCAAUCAAUUAAUGUUAUAUUCUUUUAUUUUACACUGCAAGCUCCGUAACUUGGAUAAGGCCACGGAUGAAUAAAAACUUUGUUUUAUUAAAUGGAAUGAGAUGCCUAUACAAACUGUAGUAAAUCUUGUCUAUGUAAAGUUGAAAG